AUGAUAUUUAGCAAAGGUCAAGUGGAAAAUUAAGAGUUUUGGAAUAAAUCUGAUAUUCCCGUAUUUGAUAAGGAAGACUUUUAGAAUGUAUAAGUGUUAAUGGGGAAUUUCACCAAAGUAGGGCGGACCUUUAAGUAGAAAUGCCUCAGAACCUACUUUUUGGUGAAAUAAUUUUUAUUGUACUCUGAUGUUGGGAGUGGAAAUAACAUUAAAGGAUUUGUAUAAUUGGAUACUGUAUAUUGUUAAUUUAAUUAAUUGGAAACAGGAUUUUAAAUAGCAUUAAUAAAUAAUGGUUACUAAAUUCACUUAAAUACAGAGGACAAGUAGUAAUUCAAAAUUUGGGUAGAUGCAUUAUCAAAUUGCUGUAUCUUAAGUGAUUUUGAUAAAGUAUACAAACUGGGAAUGCAGAUAGGUUAAGGAAGUUUUUCAACAGUAAACUAAAAUUAAUAUUUUAAGGUUCAUUAAUGUUUUAAUCGAGAUGGUGAGAUGUUUGCUGUAAAAAUAAUAAAAAAACAAACAAUAAAAUAAUUUAAUAAAAAUAAGAGUUAUGAGGAAUAAUUAUUAAAUGAAAUCUAAACUCUUAGAAUGUUUAAUCAUUCUAAUAUAUUAAAAUUAUAUAGAGUUUAUGAGAAUCAAUAAAAAAUAUGUUUAUUGACUGAUUAUAUCGAUGGUCCAGAGUUGGUAUCACAACAAUCCUCGAAAAAGAUAUAUUCUUUUGAUGAUUUACGAAUAAUGAUAAUCCGUCUUCUUAGUGCAAUUGAAUAGAUUCAUUAAUAAAAAGUAAUGCAUAGAGAUAUUAAACCAUAAAACAUUCUAUUAAACAAUAAUAACAUAUAGAAUCCUGUUUUAAUAGAUUUUGGAUUAGCAGCAUUUACUUGGUAGAAAAAUGUGCCAUUUCCAUAAUGUGGAAGUCCAGGGUAUAUUAUAAAAUUAUUUAAUUUUAGUUAUUCAGCACCUGAAGUAUUGAAAUAUGAUGAAUCUAAAAAGAUAUAUAAUCAAUAAUGUGAUAUCUUCAGUUUAGGAAUAACUAUAUUUGUUGUUCUUUAUGGUUAUAAUCCAUUUAAACAAAACGAUUUAAAAUAAACUAUUAAAAAAAAUACUGAAGGAUAUUUUGAAAUACCAACAUCCAAAUAUCCAAAAUCAUGUAAACUGCACUUUAUUAAUAUUAAUUAGUGGAGAAUCUUAUAUGUUAAAUGACAAAGAAGUAUCCUAAAGAUAGGAUUACUAUAACUGAAGCAUUAAAUCAUCCAUUCUUUAAGACUCCAUUUUUUUCUUAAAUUCAAUUACCCAAAUAAAUUGUAUCUAAAUAAUAUCAUGAUAUCAUUGCCAAAGGAGAAAUUAAUACACAUAUUAAUGUCAGUAUGGAAAUGGAUUAAGGUGUUAAUUAUGUUAGUUAAGCUAAUACUUAAACUACUCCUCAAAAUAAUGGAUAUAAAAAUAGAACCAUUUCCAUAUUAAGUGUACCUAUUAGUAGGAAGAGUUAAGAUUAUUAAAAAUAACAAGAGAUUAGUUCAUAAUCUAGAACAUCAAAUGAUAAAGAUUGUAAUCAAUAGGAUAAGAUUCGUAUACCAUCUAAAACAUUAUCUUAUCAAAAAAACAUAUAAUUAGAUUAUGAGGAUGAAUAUUAACUAAAUAAUAUGGAACAUGAUAAUAAUUAUGUAGAUCAAGAACAUUUGUAUAAACUAAAUUUCUCUAUUAACUAAAAGUUAUUUUAAACCUCUAAGCUUAGUGUAAUUAAAUACGAUAAUUGA